AUGAUCGCUCGCGUCGAAGUCACCGCCCCGAGAGUCACCCCCCACGCCCCCGCGCGGGCGCGGCGAGGGAGGUCGAUGCAGACCCGAGCGAAGGGGCCGAACGUGGACCGCACGACGGGGUACAUUGACUCGGAUAACACGGGCAUGGGAAACAUCUUCGCCGUGGAACCGCGACAGCUGUACACCGAGUCGCCGACGAGCGAUAAGUACGCCAAGACAGGAUUGGGCGGCGUCGGUGGCGCGCUGUUGGCGGUCGGGAUCCUCGGCGCGGUGGCGGUGGCGACGAAGGGGUUAGCCGGGUUCGAAGAGGCGAAUAACGAGUUCGCAAACUACAACGGCCCGAGCGUGAGCUCGCUCGUCGAGCAGUUCGAGCGAUAA